CUGCCCUGCGGGGCAGGUCAUGAGGACAACAUGAAGUACAAUGGCCUUGAUAAACAUCAGCGAAAGGAAGUGCUCUGAAAGUUGUGGAGGGAGGUCGAUCUGUUCAUGCUAGAGCUUGUCAGAAACACUGGAACAAGACAUCGGCAUCGUUAUGGUUAACUCAAUCUGCUGUCGUUACAAAGAGCUCCGAGGUUAAUUCAUUCUGAGGUCUUGGAAAGUUUUGUGUUUAGACGCAGCUAUGGGGCAAACACCCUCAUCGUCGUCAAAAAAGUUUCCUGAACCAUUUUCUUCACGGUCAAGCUCGAUCCGUUCAUCUGGUACCUUCAGAAAACAGCUAAAAAUUGGAACACUGCGCAAGAAGAUUGCAAAAACAUUGAAAGGCGGAAGAACUCCAGAUUACAGAAGACACAUGCGUGAAGUGCUGGAAACAUGGGACCUCAAGGAUGUGAGUUACCUUGUUCAAGAAUAUGAGGCAUUGCUUGCUCUUAAAGACAUUAUAACUAUGUCGGAAAUGGCUCGUGAGUCGGUUCCGUCGUUGCGUUCAGAUCUUAGUUCCUUAUACGAAUCAAAAAUGCUGACGGACGUUUUAUUGGAGUACAAGGGUGCACUGAUACCUGCUCAUAGGCCGAUUCUUGUUUGUCGCUGUUCAUUUUUUGAAAAGAAGUUAUCAAGUAUAAUAGACGUUCGUAAGCCAGUUCGUAUUGAUUUGGAAGUAGAAGGGCUGACCGUUUCUAUGUUUUCAUUGUUGAUUAAGUACCUGUACACAGGAGAGAUGUUCCAAGGAAAGCUAGAUUGUGAGGAAAUUUUCAAGAAGCUGGGAGAAAGAUUUGGUGUACCUAAUGUUUUAGAAAAGGACUUUAAAUCACUUUUGGAAACUGGUUUAGUCGCUGAUGUAAUCCUAGAAGUUCCUUCAGGUGGGAAUUCACCAUCUCAUCGAUCGAACGAUGUCAGUUCUUUAGAAUUUAAAUGCCAUAGUGCUAUUCUGAGUUGUCGAUCUUCCUAUUUCAAGGCAUUAAUUACGCGCAAAUUCAGAGACGACCCUUCCUCCAUCAGCGCGCAGAGACCGUUGAGGAUUCUAUUGGACGAAAAUAUAAUUCCGCGGCAAUAUAUCCGAGUUUUGUUGCAAUGCAUGUACUUAGAUUGUGUUGAUCUUCGAUCCAUUAUAAAGUGGAAAACAGCUGAUGAUAACAAUGGAAUUGGUGGUGAGACGGAUAAACUUUUAUCAACCCCAGAGAUUGCAAUGGAGUUAUACGAAAUUGGGAAAUUUCUUGAUUUUCCUGCUCUUUGUCAAGCCUGCGAAGACAUAAUAAUCGAAGAAAUAUCCAGUGCUUCUUUAGUUGGAGUUCUGGAAUGGAGUUCACAGCCUUUUGGCUCACAAUGGGUUCACAGACAGGCUUUGCGCUAUUUAAGGGAAGACUUCGUUUCUGUUGCAAAGUCUACAGCAUUUAUUGCAAAUUUACCCAAAAAAUAUUUCAUCGAGGCAAUAAAUAAUGAUUUAUUGCAGGCAAGCGAAGAAGAAGUUUUGUCAGCUGUUGUGCGUUGGGGUGAAUGGCAAGUUUCCAAGAUUAUUGACAAGCAAAAUGGGCUGCCCACAAGCUCUCUAAAUCGCCGAAGUCCUAAGCGAAAAGACAUUAAUGAUGAAGACUUAUACCAGGCCAUCAAAGACAUUUUACCCUUUAUCAGAAUAAAGCAAGUUAUACCAAAAAGUUCGGUCGUACUUCAAAUGGCCUACCACCGUGGAUUAUUGCAGAGGCCGCUUGAUGUUGCCACGGGUGAUAGCGACGCCAUAUUGAGCACCCACUGGGUGCGGUCAUGGAAAGGAAGGCAUCAUGGGAAUUAUGUGCGUCCGAGGCUGUUUAUCCCAUAUUAUGAAGAGGCAAAGGCCUUCUUAAGCGAGAGUAUGAUGGCUGAUGCGAGCUCGACAAACUUGCGAGCAGGUAGAUUUACUGCGAUGCCUGAUAUUAUGCCGACAAUGGAUGCAGCUGAAAGCGAAGGAACGAUGUCAGACCUAACCCUGGAAAGAUUUAAGUCAUAUUCUGCUGAUUUCGUGAGCAUUGAUCGCAAGGUCAUAAAAAGAAUGGGAAGAAGAGAAAAAGAGCUAAAAAGGAUGCAUUCGUCACAAAAAGCACUUUCUCUGUUGUCAGAUGGCAACACACACGUGGUGAACUUCGAAAUCCAAAAACGAGUGAUGCGUGAGUUUGGGUAUCCUGAUUCUUUUGCUUGCGAAGUUUUCAGACACGCCCCAGACAUCAUUGAGGACUCCAGCAGCAGCUCGGGGUCAUCAUCAUCAAGACAUAGUACACUUUCAAAGAUGGGUACGACUCAAAAUGAUGUUGCGGCUGCGGCAGCCCCCGACGUGACCAUACCUGCAGGUGAAAUGUUCAGUCGCUGUGAUGAGAAUGCAUAAAAUGCUUGUCAGUAUUUAUGACCUUACCUGGCUCUAUACCUGGCAACCGCCCCGUUUGUUGUUUGAACUUGUAAAUCUGUCAAAAUUCGUUGUUGUACAAUUUUUUGCAAAGGUUUCUAUUUAGUUCCAACUGUCGUUGGCCUAGCUUUAGUAAUUUAUAGAAGUUCUCAGCUUUGCUCUUAUUAGCAGACAUUUAUUACAUCAAAAGACUGUGAAGUACGAUAUUUGUAUAUUUACAAAAUUUGUAUACUAGGAAAACCAAAUUCAUAGCGCUAUUUAUGUAAAUUUAAAUGUUGAUAAAGAGUUUAAUAUUGUAAUAAAUAAGUGAAAAUUAUCCAAGCGGCGAACUCAACUGACGGUAGCUCUUCUUUUUAUG